CGAGCGUCCGGCAAUGGCUCGAAAUUUCAGCGAGCGUGCAAAUCUGUCCUUUCGGCAACCUCGUCGGGAAGGGCUUCCAAAAAUUCCGGACUUAAACCUUUUGGCAGUUCCACCAUUCGGCCUGCAAUUUGCUCUGCCCAGAUCGCAUUGAGAACGCCUCUAGACACCGUUGUAAUGAUGUCAUCCGGACCUGGAGGCACAAAUUACGGACCCACCGACCAAGUAGCAGGGGGAGAAGGCGGCCUGGCUUCUCAGUGGAAUGAAGUAGACGAGCAUGAGGUUAUCGUGAAGGAGAAAAUGGCAUGCGAUCGUUGCCGUCAGCGGAAGACCAAGUGUAAUCGCGUUAAUCCGUGCUCACAUUGUACCAAGGCGGAGGUGCAGUGUACAUUCAGACUGGCUCAUGAAGUCAAAGAAAAGCGGCAACGGGUCAUGAUCUCGAGUGUAUACGAAAGGAGACUUGAGCAUAUUUCGAAUAGAAUUGAGGAGCUCUACGAAAUUAUAGGUCAACUUAGAGAUGGCCGAAAUAAUGACGAUAGUAGCUUCAUGGCCCCGAUUAGUUUACGAACACCAUCAUAUUGCCCGCUCCAAUUUGUCAGACUUCAGGCAUCCGCCAAAAUUCCAGCUCCAGUGGAAGGGAUUGAGUCCGCAUUGUUUGCUCAUGCCGUUUGCGCAGCGGGAGCUCUCGAAACCGCUGUAAUGAAUGACCCAUAUUCUAGGGCCACGGACGAUAUAACUUCGGCGUUGAAUACUUUACGGAGCACAGUCAACGAUCAACAGCAGCGAAAUGAGGAGGAGCUGGCUGGGUCACGUUUUCUUCUAAAUGUGCUGCCUUCUGGUCGUAGUCUCAGGGAUUUGCCUAUCCCUUCCGUGGAUAAAAUCAUGGCAUGCCUCAGGAUUGCUCAAGAGAGCUCUCCGAGCGAGCUUUACUGGCCAUUUGAAUUUGGCUCUCUGGGAGAGUUCACUCAGUACGUGAUCAGAGUCUGCACACCCGGCCCGAUCAGCGAUAUGGAGCUGAUCAUAGUCCACUACGGUCUUUACUCGCUCUUCACCCAAUGCUCGAUUGGUGCCGAUGACGAGAUGCUCAUACAGGACUACAAUGUGCAAGCUACAAUAUGCAAGGAGAGCCUCGAGACAAUUCUAUCAAACCUUUCCUUUCACAUCGAUACCAAUAUUGACUCUAUCUGUGCCUUGUACAUGGCGUCUCUUCAUUGUCUGCAUCAGGGAAGAGUGUCCGCAACCUGGACGUUCAUUUCAAGAGCUUCACUCAUGUGCCUGGCCGUGGGGUUGCAUAGUAGUCAGGCCAUGAUAACGGAACAAGAAAACUCAGUGCAGCGAAAGAUGUGUCUUUUCUGGGCUGUAUACGCCCUGGAGAAAACUGUGGCUUUGCGGCUCGGCAGGCCAUCGACUAUUAGAGACCAGGAUAUCACCAUUCCACGACUCACUUUGGGCCGCAAAAUGGCCUCCCUAGCAUUUAACCGGCUGCCUGACUGGAUCGAUAUAGCUAGUCUCUACGGCUGCUUGUACGAUAGCUUAUAUAGUCCGCCUGCAUUGAUACAGCCCGGCUCCGUUCACUUGUCUCGUACCAGUGCAUUAGCUUCUGAGCUGGAGCGAAUGAUAGCCGCGAGAACCGAAUACUAUAAUCGGCCAGGCCUGUGGAGUAGCCAUAUGCUAGAUCCGAAUCUUUCACGGUUCAUCAUACACACCAACAGAGCUGUAGAAUACUCAACCUUGGCGUCCAUAUACCGAGGAGUUCCGACAGAGAGUCCUUCGGGUAUAGUACCUUGUACGCAAUGUAUCGCCGCUGCGCGAAUAGCCCUUGAAGAGAGCGAAGCCAGCAUUGCCAUACUUUCAGAUGCAGCAAAAUGGCCGGCCGGUCUUUACAAAUGGAUUAGCGAGAUUCUCCUCCUAGCGCCAUUUAUCCCUUUCACAAUUUUGGUCUGCAGUAUUGUUGAUACCGCUGACGUGUCGGACCUGGGCCGCUUGGGGGGAGUGGUUGACGGUCUACAGUCUCUGGCACAAUCGCCGCGCUAUGCCAGCUGUAAUAGACAGCUGCGUAUUUUCAAGCCACUAUAUGAUGUUGCAGCUCGUUACGUCGAAGCAAAGACAAGCCGAGAAUCAACAGACACGGUUAGCAUUCUAUUCACCAACCCCGACACCGAUGUCUACUGCAAUGAUGAGACUUGGUUAGGUAAUGAACUCUCUCCUGUCUCGUCUUUACCAUUAUCGAAUAUAUAGUCAACCGAUUCGCCCCAAGCUCCAACAAUUACAUCAUAGUUUAAGGCUUUGGAACAUAGCCAACGGGACCCAAUUAAGUAAGGUUUAUUCUCUCCGAUCUUGAAAAAGGGUUUAUCCUCCAUCGCCGACACGUCCUAUAUCAGAGGCACUCUGAGAACACAGAAGGCUAUACCGCGCUGUGCCCCUCCAAAGCAGCGCGCACAGUCUUAGCGCUGCCGCUGCUCUGCAGAUCGUCAAGUGCCAAGAGCUCGUGCAGUUCGAG